AUGAAAUCUGUUUUGGGCCUAAAAUUGCCAAGUUUCGCCUCGGAAACGAAGUCAGAGAAAGCUUUCAAAAAGGUCGGGUCAAGUAUCAGCAACGCAGAUGCAGAGGGUGAAUUUUGCGAGCCACUGAAGCCUUUGCUAAUUUUGCUAGAUUGUCAAAGACGCAAGUCUUAUCUUUCAUGGACUGACGGCAAAAACCUGCUACUGCAGGUUGGAAGCCAGUCGGAAGUGCUCCCGGUCACAAGUGUUGCACUUCGUGGUACAGAGCUACAAGUGGUGGUGGAACCAGAUGCCAACGAAUACGACAAUUGCGUAGUGCUAGAUGUGGCUAACGGAGUUUCUCCCAUGAGCUGGAGAUUGGAGCAGACGUCGCUGGUCUUGAAUGGGGGUGCGUUGACGCUAUGGUGCAGGUCUCUGGAGGCUCAGGCACAACUGCGUGUGCUGUACGGCAUGUGUAUGCUCGCGAGGUUCGAGUACAUUUCGCUGUACAAAGCUUUGACUGCCACGGUCAUCUCGACACAUGGCAGCCGGAUUUCCGACAUUUCAGCCGUGUUGCUUGCGCAACAUAGCUACAAAGAUUGGUGCUACAUCAGCAUUGACGGAGAAUGGGUCAAGGCGUGGUGCCAUGUCGACCGUAGCCCCAAGCGCCCAGGCUCUCGCGAUGGGCGCCAUCAAAUCAAGUUUUACCGCGACGAUAAGUCUCUGACUGCCAAAAACCUUUUGUGUUUUAUUCCAGAUUGUGGCGAGGUCGAGGAUCUAUUUUUCGUAGAAGACCAGAAUCCUAAUGUGUCCAAGAGUGCUCCCAUCGAUGGAUUCGGAGACCUCCAUUUUCAAACCCAUGUCAAGGGGGUGCGUAAUGAUUCUGACUCCUUCGAAAGUUCAUUGGAAGCGCUUCUGUCGAGGCUGACCACGCUUCGCGUUAUAGGGGACGUGUAUUGGCCAAGUGAAGGAGCGGAUUCGAGCGGUGGUAAAACCUCAAUUUUGGGGGGAGGUUCUUUGUCACCAAAAAAGGUUCGCCGUAACACAAUUUCGUCCAUUCCAGACCCAUCUACCGGUAGUUAUACGCAACACAAACGGUCAAUAUCUUCCGUGUCCAUGAGUUCGUCCGUGCAUCAUCCUCAGGUUAGUGAUUAUGACACUAAAACAUCCGAAAUCGUGAUAAAGCCUAUCCCACACAGCGGUGUUCAUCAUUUGGAGUCGCUCAUUCGUUGUGCACUUCCCAUGAUGGCGUGUUUAAGCUUGUACGGCAGGCCCGUACAAUUCAUUAAUUCACGCGAGGACCCAAAUUCGCUGCUGUUUGGUCUCCCUCGACUUCCAGUUGUAGAUUUUUUUGCAGUGCAAGAAAUCCAGCCGUUGUUCGAGUACGUCGCUUCGACCGCUGGGGAUUCAGUCUCGCUGAACAAGACUCUGGCUGCUUACAAGUUGUUUCUCUCGCAACAACUUGCGAAUCCCCAUCGUGGCACCAGAGACUUCACAACGCUUGCGGACAUGGUCCGCACGGGGUCUGAUUUCUCGAUAUUCACAGAUUCGUCCGGUUCAGUGAGCAACUCACCUUUGAUAUAA